UCUACUUGCAGGCCCAUCAGGCUAAGUCGAUCCCCGAGUCUACGGGAGAAAGAUUGAGACUUAUGUUGAACGAUGGCCAAUAUGCUAUCAAUGGUGUGUUCAAGCCUAGCGAGGCCCAAAAUGCCAUUGAAAACUUUAAGAGAUACUGCAUUUUAAAGAUCACGCAAUAUGAGAUCACGCCAACUAAUAAUGGUAAGAUUUUCCUGGUUCUGGAUCGUGCGGAGGUGGUUGAACAGGGAGAAAAGAGCGAGAUCAAGUUCGAGAGCCUCGAUGACUACCUGAAGGAACAUCCAGAGGACAACAAUUUGCUCAAGGGACAGCUUCCUCCGCGGGAUUCUACGAUGACACCGUCUCCUGCAGCAGUCAUGCCUAAGAAGACCGUUUCCAAACCGCCGCCAAAGUAUCAAAACCUGUACUCCAUUGAUCAGUUGUCUCCAUAUCAGAACUCGUGGACCAUCAAGGCCAGAGUCUCAUUUAAGAGUGAUAUGAAACAUUGGUCCAACCAAAGAGGCGAUGGCAAAUUAUUCAAUGUCAAUCUGUUGGAUGAGACUGGAGAGAUAAGAGCCACUGCCUUUAACCAAGUAGCUGAAAAGUUUUGGGAUUUGCUGGAAGAGAACAAGGUGUUCUACAUCAGCAAGGCUUCCAUGCAGAUGGCCAAACCACAGUUCUCCAACUUGAAGCACCAGUACGAGUUACAGUUUGACAAGGACACCAUCAUUGAGCCAUGCGACGAUGACUCCGACGUUCCAAAACUCCAUUUUGAUUUUGUUCCGCUCGAUCAGGUUCAGAACCUUGAGAAUGGCGCCGUCAUCGAUGUCAUUGGUAUCCUAAAAGAAGUCAAGGAUAAGCAGGAGAUUGUUGCCAAAUCCACUGGAAAACCUUUCGACAGAAGAGAUAUUGUUUUAGUCGACAAAUCGCAAUUCGCAGUCAAUAUCGGCUUGUGGAACAAGCACGCUCGAGAAUUCGAUGUUCCAGUUGGGUCAGUGGUCGCAUUCAAAGGUUGCAGAGUGCAAGAUUUUGGAGGAAAGAGUCUCUCUUUGAUUCCUGCUGCUACGAUUGUUGUAAACCCCGAUAUCGAGGAAGCUUAUAAGAUCAAAGGCUGGUAUGAUGCACAAGGAUCACACCAAAACUUCAAAAGCAUUGCCCUUGAAUCUGGCUCUUCGGGUGCCACGAGUUUGACGUCCAAACAAUCAAUUCUGGAACGCAAGACUAUUAAACAGGUUCAGGACGAAAAAUUGGGAUUAAAAGAUAAGCCUGAUUAUUUCAGUUUGAAGGCCACCAUUUCUUUUAUUAAGACGGACAACUUCUGCUAUCCAGCAUGCAGAAGCGAAGGUUGUAACAAAAAGUUGCUUGAGCAGGAUAAUGGCACCUGGAGAUGCGAAAAGUGCAACAUCAACCAUCCUGAGCCUAAUUACAGAUACAUCUUGACUGUGUCAGUUGUGGAUGAGACCGGUCAAAUGUGGCUCACGUUGUUCGAUGAACAGGCUGCCCAGCUCUUGGGAUUGAGCGCUGCAGAGCUAUUGAAGCUCAAGAACGACGCAGAGGACCCAAGUAUCGAGAGUGUAGGAGAAAACGCUCUGAAAAAUUUCAUCAAUGAGAACAUUUCUUUUAAAGAGGUCUUACUCAGGGUUCGUGGUAAAGUCGACAGCUACCAGGGUCAAGACAGAGCUAGAUUCACCGUUGCCAGUCUCGCUAAGGUCGAUUAUCUUGCCGAGUGCGAAGCUCUUGUCGAAAUUCUCAGCAGCUACUCGGUGUGAUGGGUAUGGCUUAUUCUAGUGUAUUUUCGCUGACCGUUAAAUGAAUUAGUUAUAAUUGAUCAGUCCGUUCACCUCCAACCAAAAGUCUUUGAUCAGAUCAUUUGCACUCCUGGUACCUCUAGUAAGCAUGAUCUUCUUCACAAAAAUCUCCCAGUUUUGGAUUUUUUUUUCUCUUUCCUCGUUAAGCUUUGGAAACGCUUCCUGUAGCCAUUUGCUCAUCAUCAAAGGAUACUUGGCCACAAGUUGUUUUAUGAUCUCAAUGAAGGUUUCUAAAUUGGAUCUCUGCGUAGCAAACAUAUACUUCAGCACAUUGAAAGUCAGCACGUAGCCCAGCUCGGUUUCAUUGAACAAUCUUUUGACCAUCACCGUGUCCUGCCUAUCCCCCUUUCUCAAAGUGAUGAAUCUUGUCCAGAACUUUUCCAGUGAUUUCAGAACAAAUCGCUCAUUUGAUCCCAAGUGUCCGAACGCAAACUCCAACAGGGUCAUGAGCAGUUUCUCAUUCGAAAGUAACAAAGAAGGCCUGGUACUGAGCAUCGUGCUGAAAAGAUUGAAACUCGAUUGAACAAGAUCCGGAUCGUCUUCAAUGACUGGGAUUUUUGAUAGAAAAAUAGUGUCGAUCGCUCCAUGUAGAGCUUCGAGAUCCAGAGUCCUGUAGUGAGCUGUGACCAGCGAAUUCAACAAGGAGUAGAAUAGAGGAUAUGCAUCGGAUUUUUUCAAUGAGUUAAAUUUCGUCACGAUAAACUGUAAAAUGGUGGCACAGUCAAACACAAAAGGCCCAGGAAGUGGUUCUGUGAGCCCACAUUUGAACAAAUUGACAGCCUCCUCGAUUAUCUGGUAGUUUUCAGAUAAAACCUCGUUGGUCAUCGUGAAGUUUGUAAUGAUUGUUAGCAGUUUGGCAUGUAUUCCCAAAGGAUCUGUGGUCCAAUAUUCACGCACUUUCGAUUCUUGGUCCUGUGUGUAAUACCCAUCCACGUCGUCAGGUAGUUGCAUGCCUCUUCCAACGGCACUGACAGAGUUGACCAAGCUCGUCAAAUAAUCAACCAUUCUUUCGCGUUCAUCUGGAUUAGCAGUGACCAGUCCUUCAAGUACUGACAAGGAUUUUUUAUCCAAGAGGUCGAAUAGCUUAAAAAGAUUUUCACCUUGAACCACGGGAUCUUUCACACCUUCUAGUAUAGAAGCAUAUGCGUUAAUUAUCCGUUGCCUAACAACUGGAUCGAUUGUUGUGUUAUUGAUCAUCUCCGUGAUGAUGGUCUCGAAACUUGGCAAAAAUUCAACCAGAGAGUACCUACAUUGACUGCAAAUACUAGAGAUAGCCUUUGAGCUUGACAGUUGAUAUAGGUUUGUAUUCGUCAUGCAGUCAAAUAAAAAGCUCAGUAUCUGAGGUAAGUACUUGGUUCCGGUCUCUGUUUUGUAAAACCAGUCUGCGCUUGAAAAGAAUUGAAUAGUGGUGCUUACAAGGUACCUGAAGCGAUCAGUCUUCACUUGCAAAACGAUAGGUAAAAGAUUUGCAUCUAAUAUUGCACUCAAGUGUUGAACCAAUUGAUGGUUGACCUCUCCAUCGCCAAAAUCUUUGGAAAUGCAAGUCACCAGAUACAAAGACGGUUCAAUGUCCUCCAACUUCCCUGUUUGUAUACUUCUUUCUAUGGUGAUUAGGAGAUUGAUUAUCAGUGGAAGUUUAACCAGUGGAUACACAGACUCAAAAAGAUCUCCGACAUCUCUUCUAUAAAGAGCGAAUUCUUGCUUAUACUGCGAAAAGCCUUCCUCAUCUUCCGGAACAUGCGCUUUAUUCCAGUAUAUCUGAGUGACUCUCUCAAAAAGGGCUUUGAUUCUUUCAGAAAGAGCCUGGUGGCCACCUGGCUUAUCAUUCAGAAGUGUUUGAAGGGUCGUAUCCUCACAUAUACAGUAGUCUGCAAAUCGAAGCCAAAAAUCAGCAAACUCUCUGGAAACUGACUCCUCUUCUAUGGGAGUCCCGGGGUAGUUCGUGAGGACAAUCAGGAAAUCGAAAAUGUAAGCAUUCUCAUCAUCAUUCAGUUUAAGUAACAGUGAUUUGAGAUCUGUAUCCAAAAACGCGAUGAUCAACCUCGCAAAGUCUGCCACGCUUUUCUCGUCUUGUUGGGAGCUAAAAUGUCUCACAUAUUGGACUCCAACGUCGCCGAAUAGCAUCGAUAGCAGGUCCGCUUUAAGUUGACUAUUGAAAAAUGAAGGGUUUGUUUCUAAGGCCUCGCUCAACGUCUCAAUGGCCUUUUGUGAGAUGGCGUAAUCUGUGCUUGUGACGAGCGAAAUACACAUUGAAAGAAGUUCUAUUAGAUCAUAGCGUUCAGUGGAGUCAAACUCAGCCUUUGAGGCAUACCCCACCCACGACACAAGACAGUCAAGCCAUGUAUCUAUGAGCUUUCGUUCGGGCGAUAAAUUAAGGAGAGAUGUCAUCAACUUUUGAACUGUUGGAAAUAAAUGCUCAUGGACUAAAUGAUGUGUUUGUACGUUGGACACAUUGGUCGCUUCCUUCUUGACUAACUCCUCCGCUAAUAUCUGAGCGAAAAUCAACAGGACAUAUAUUUUUGAGAACGGAAGGCUACUCAAGGCCUUAUCAAUCUGAUUAUUGGCGAUAGUAGAGUUAGAGACCUGGUCGAAAACGACGCAGUUGAUUAACGUUAAUAGGGGAUUGGUCCAUGUUCGACUGCUAUUCAUAAACAGCAAAGAAAGGUUGGACAGCAUUUUUUUGAUCACAAACAUGCCACUAUGUAGAACAGCACCAUUAUUGAUCAGCUGCAGAACCUGAUUCAACAGAGUAAUUCGAAUUUGAUUAAGCUGUUGUUCAUUUUCAGUCUUAGUUAGCUCUCCGAUAUGCAAAUUGAGAUUGACCGUGUAUGUGAGAGCGCCAAAGAACUUGCAAUUCAUCGAUGGAUGCUUCAGCAAUCGGUGAGCCAUCGUCCAUCCAUACUCGGAUUUUUGAUAUUCUUGUAGCCUUUUCUGGAUCUCAAUUACAUCGGUAGACGAGCUGUACAACGCAUCGACCAA